UCAUGCUGCUGCCAGGUCCAGAGUCUCUCAUGGGUCCCUGUACGGCCUCCCAUUGCUGCUGUCUCCAUCGCCACACUCUGCCAUGUGCCACUUUCAGGUCUCCUCACACUGCUGGUGUGUUCCAUUUUUUGUCAUAGGGUGCUGGCAGAUUACGGGCCUCCCAUAGCUGCUGCCAGGCCCCUAAUCUGCCAUGGGCCCCAAUACCGCCUCCUCAUGCUGCUGCCAAGUCCAGAGUCUCUCAUGGGUCCCUGUACGGCCUCCCAUUGCUGCUGUCUCCAUCGCCACACUCUGCCAUGUGCCACUUUCAGGUCUCCUCACACUGCUGGUGUGUUCAAUUUUUUGUCAUAGGGUGCUG